AGGAUAGCGGCAGCUACCUGUGUACGGCGGAGAACGCAGCUGGUGUGAAGCAACGACUGGCCUCCCUAGAGGUCCUCGUGCCGCCAAGCAUUAGCACGCUGCCUCGGGACCAAGAGCUGAGUGCGGGUGCGGCACUCAGGCUCGGCUGCCAAGCCAGUGGCUCGCCCACACCCCGCAUUACAUGGAUGCACAAUGAAAAGCCUAUGCCGGAAGAGACGUAUGCUUCAGAAAUGGGAGACGGCGUGAGUGAGCUUGUUUUGGACAGCAUUGCCCAACGUGACCAGGGUUCGUACACCUGUGUGGCCGAGAACGGUGCCGGACAGCACAAGGCCACGGCAAACGUUGUAGUUGGUGUCAGUCCUGUGAUAGCAGAGGCACCGCCGUACACCGAAGUAGCUGCAGGCGGGGACGUGUGGCUACACUGCACCGCCAGAGGAGAUCCUGCGCCAAAGGUGUUCUGGCUCAGAGACGGACAUCAAGUAGACAAUGCAGGCGGUCGUAUUCGGCAUUGGGACAAUGGCUCUCUGCACAUCGAGCCGGUUGAGGUCGACGAUGCCGGGGAAUACUACUGCUUGGCGAGCAAUAAGUUUGGCAUGGUCCAGACGAACCUAAGCUUGUCUGUCCUUACGCCACCUUCGUUCGACGAGCCACCCGAGGACGUCGUUGUACGUGAGGAGGAGCCUGCUGCGCUAAAGUGCAUCGCCAGUGGAUUGCCAGCGCCCACGUAUGCCUGGUUCAGGGUUGGGCAGGGUACUGUCCAAACAAGCCCCUUGCACAACGGAACACUCCACAUCAUGCGGGCACAGCGCUCAGACGAAGGCCUCUACCGGUGCCAGGCAAGCAACGUCCUUGGUACAGCCACAGCUGAAGCCCGUCUCAUCCUGCGAGUGGACGGAAACUGGUCCGAGUGGUCGGAGUGGAGUGAUUGCAACUGCGACGGCCUCCGUAAUCGGACUCGACGCUGUGAUUCCCCGCCACCGCGCAAUGGCGGAGAGGACUGUGUCGGAGAAGCGCUUGAGACCGAGACUUGCGAGGAUGUGAUGUGUCCGCCUGCGGAAGAACCAGACAAGGCUUUCUGGGGCCCCUGGAGCCCGUGCAGCACGUCGUGCGGACCGGGGCUCAAAGAAAGAACAUGCAUGUCUACUGCUUCCGGCCAGCCCUGGAAUGGACCAGUCAACUCUUCAUCAGAUUGUGAAGGGCGGAUGCGCGACGUGGUUGCCUGCUUUGAGAGUUCCUGCCCCGUGAAUGGCGGCUGGGGUCCUUGGUCCGAGUGGUCCGCCUGCUCAGCGUCCUGUGGUGGCGGCACUCGCACUCGAAGACGCAGCUGUGACUCGCCCGUGCCGAUGAGGGGAGGUCGCCAGUGCCAAGGGGAGCCUGAGCAAGAGGAUUUCUGCCACCCAGAAGCAUGCCCCGUGCACGGUGGCUGGUCCGAGUGGUCCCCAUGGGGCGAGUGUUCAGCCUCGUGCGGUAGGCGUCGCCACCGUCGCCGGUUCCGCACGUGUGACAACCCGAGCCCGGCUGCUGGGGGACGUGGUUGCCUGGGCACUGACCAUGAGACACGCCGUUGCCCGCACAAACCAUGUCCACAAGCACCUGCUCGUGCCUCCACGAACCGUCCUUGGACCAGUGCUUUGACAGCUGGAGACAUCGAAGAACUGCGCUCGGCCCCUAUAUCUGCCUUCAUCAAGGAGUGGACCUGUCCUGAAGGAUACUUUACAAAGGAUGGUGCAUGCGUGGAUGAGGACGAGUGCAGAAAUGAUAAUCAAUGCCAACACAAGUGUAUGAACACACCAGGCAGUUACCAGUGCAUGUGCCCGGUCGGCUACAAACUGGGGGAUGACGGCCACACAUGCCACGACGUGGAUGAGUGUCGGGAAUUGGAGCUGGACUGCGGCCAUGACCACGCCUGCUUCAACACGAGAGGAGCAUACGAGUGCGUGCACGUACCUUGCCCGGCUGGAUACGAGCGUGAUGCACUAGAGAUCUCCUGUAGACUACGCUGUUCCCAUCGAGAGGACUGUGGCAGUGACCGGACGGACGUGGUGACUUACGCAUCAGUGGCACUGCCACGCGACGUCCUUGCCGGUGCCCCAGUUGCCCGACUGGUGGCCAGGGAUCAUGAUGGGGCCGCACUGCGCCACACAGACUUCUCAUCCCUCAGCGGGGACGCGCAGCCGUUCAAUGUGCGUGACGGCGACAGUGGAGUUGGCCUGGUGUUCGCAACUCGUGACCUGCAGGCUCGAAAAAGCUAUCGGGUCACGCUGCAUGCCGUUUCACGAGAUGAGGCCAACAGCACGGUGCUGUUUACCACUCGGUUCUUUCUCCACAUCACGACGGGCACCUACCCUUUCUGAUGAUCGGGACAGAUUCGCUCCUGCACUGCCGCAACAUCUUGUCCAUCAUUUGUAUAAACUGCACACCAGGACGGUGUGUCCGUUUAGGUAGAAACAAGAGACGCUGUAAUGUGUCGAGUGUGCAUAAAUGAGUGCGCUGCCUGAAAUAGUGAGAAGGCGAGAGGCUCUCCAAUCCUCGCGAUGAAAAUGCUAAGUGAGUGACUGAAGCGCAGGGCAGUAUAUUGCUGCAAUUGUCACAUUGCUUGCCUACCUCCUGUCUAGCGAGGCACUUUCGAACGCAGCACAUAUCUAUAUAAAUGCGUCUUUUAAACCGCUUAACUUUAACGGCUACGUAGCAUCGACAUCUGCUCAGACGAAUUUACUGAAGUACUUCACGUUGUUUGUUCUUGAGAUGCGAGCAACAGAAACUACCGCAGUUUAAAAAGUACACGUGCUUAAACUGCCAGAAUUUUGGGAAUUUUUUGUUGCCGUGAAUAACCAGUUGUUUGCAGAUGUUUUUCGCUGCCUCUACUGGCCAUUGUGGUUAGCUAAGCUCACUUAUGUGGCAGUUGAAGUUCACCACAGCUGUAUUAAGAAUUCAUCUUUCUAGCCAAAAGAAUGUGGGCUAAGUAAACCUAAUUUAAUGAGUGUUGCUUCUUUAUUUACAUGCUGUCCCAUGUAUUUUCUUGUCAACUCUAUGGCAAUCAACAAUGACUUAAAAAAUCUCUCCACAGCGGAGAGAUUACGAAAACAUUAUUUUUAUCCACAAGCGAGACCAAUUGUUCAAGCUACGAAUUUAUGCCGCAAGAUUCGUCGCCCUCAUGUUGCUAUAUGCUAUAUGACCGGAAGCAAAAUAAAUCGAAAAUGUCAAAAAUAUGCCUACUACAACUUGCCUAGUUAGGCAUAAUCUAAACGCUGGGUGCAUGCCGUAGAAUCCUAUUCACACAUUAGUGUUCCCUGCCUGUGGUUAAACGCACAAAAUGCUCUGUAAUGUCAUGUAUCAGCGAUGGUUGCAAGUAAAAUUCAAAUUAAAUCGCAGGAGAAUGUGUGUUCUGAAGCAAGUACAACUAUUUCCUACUGUCUCAACUGCACGUUUCUUGACUGCUGUAAUUAUACCACUGCUUUAUCUGGUAGUCGAAACUCAACGUCAACGAUAUCCUAGCAGCACGCAAUGUUGCUACAACGUUGAAGCAACUUUCACAAUGGGACGACAACGUUGUGUCAACAUUUGGUGCUACUAUGGUGGUUUUUUCUUUUAUGUGCCACAAUAUACGGUAAUAUGAAUAUACACGUAGUUUGCUCCAGCUGAAGAUUGCCGAUUGAAACCAUUAUGUGGUUGCACAAAAAAAAACACCGUAAAAUUGACCCUAUUUGUUCAUGUAGAGAAAGCCCAGGCAUGACCAAUAAUAACAGACAGAAAGAAUGACUCCAGACCUGAAUAGGUAAGUAAGAUUGAAGCAUGUGUGGUUCACUGUGGAUGCCAGGUUUGGGCAGUAUCGAAGACACAUGUAUCUUAGAUACUAUCUUAGAUACCCUUUCGGUAUCUUGUAUCUGUGUCGCGAUAUGUCUCGCUAAACGCGUGCCUGUAUCUGUAUUUCCGAUGCAUUCAAUAAUGUAUUGUGUAUCUUAUGAUACAAGAUACUUGUAUAGAAACACCAUCGUGCGAAACAAGAAACGUCGGCUGAACUCCGCUUCUGAAGCUGCUGCUGCUGCCAAUAAGCCACCUGAAUGAAACUAACGACAGUGACGCUCUUUUAUCUUUCCGCCAGAGUGCUCCAGCGAGCACAGGUGAUGUGGUUUACGCGUCCCUGUUGGGGGACCAGAGUAACAUGAUGGCGCUCGAGCCAUCUUGACAAAAACAAGCGUCCGAACGCCUACGCGCAGCCUACCUUUUCUUUUCUCGAUGUUUUCUUUCUCUUUGGUUGUGUCAGUGCCGCGACACUUGUUCGUACCGUACACGGUACCGUACAGCGUACUCCGAUGCAUGCGGCGUCUUUCACUAAAUUCUGAUGACGUUAUAGUGUCGUUAUCAAAGUUUGUCUAGCGUGGUGCUUCGUUGCAAAGUCUCGAGAUGGCAAGAAUGCAGUUGCUUUGCAUGUCGCGGUUUUCAUUCAUCAAUGAUUUGUAAGAUCUCGUGGGUGUAAGCUUGACUUACAUAGGAUAAUAUUGAUUUAUAUGCACAUGAGAUUCUGACAACCGUGGCACAAAUAUUGCCGAUGUUCGAUGGAAUAGAACAAGCAUUUACGUAACAGAAGACAUUUCGGCGUACUCUAUCUUUGUUCUUCCAGAUAAAUGACAAGAAGAUCUUUCAAUGAUAAUUUGUCUGUUAGCUCAAGUGCUCUGUUCGGUGUCCUCCGUUUGCAUCUCAUACAUUACUUAGGCAUCUGUAUAGUUUUUGUCCGUCGGUGUACUGUAAUAUGUCUUUGUACCCUGCUGCUAAAAUACGUCCUCUGCUUUAUUCUUAUUUUUUACCUGUCUGCGUCAAAGGACGUAAAAUAACCUUAGCGUGCUUAAAGUAUACACUAACAAAAAUUCUGCUUACGACUUAGUAAAAUUGUGAAAUAGAAUUAACAUUAUAAUAUUAAAAUUAUAAGAAUACAUCUUAAAGAUGUCUGAAAGGGGAUUCGAGAACUAUAAUACCAAGUUCUCCGUUUUUUCUCAUGAGCGUCGUGACGAACCGUUUUAUGUUACUUUCCAUAGGCACUGAGUUUUCUAUUGUCUUACCUUAGCAUCUAAGUUAACAAUAAAUCAUGCUCAACUGUCAUAGCUUUUAGGGGUGCCGCCUAGGUGUAUCGUGUUUAUACAGUGUUUCACGUAACAUGAACCAAAUUUUUACGAAGAAGUGGUUAACCUCAACCGAAUAAAACCAAGGUCAUCG